UAGACCUACUGAGUGCGGUAGUUCGAAACACAACUCCGAGACGAACAGGUAUAAUUAAAUUGAUAGGAUCUCUAGGGCGGACGAGAGCGCAGAUCGUCGCUGAGAUGGGAGAUUUCAUUUACCUUUUGUAGUCUGGAAAACCAUUCUGUUGUAGAUCGACCACGCGCUUGGCUUUCGGACGCACUCCACCCUCCCUGGCGCACAUGUAAAGCCGUAGAGAUGGCGACAUCAACGCCUGAAGCGGCGUUACUGCGAGAUCUAGGCUUAGGCAGAGGUGAAAUCGCGUACCAUGGCAUUUUCACAGUCGAGGAUCAGAUUGGCCGCGGGUCGGACGCUGAUGUGUAUCGAGUAGUAUGGCAAGGCAUACCGGUAGCCGCAAAGGUGUUUCACCCCAGACAUGAUCAGGCAGAUGUGGAGGGGAGAGAUAAGAACCUGCGGCGAUUUGGCGCUGAGAUAGCAAGACUGUCUCAGCUAAACCACCCAAACUUGUGUCAAGUUCUCGGUGUUGCAGUCACUGCCGAUCGUCAUCUUCCAGUGUUAGUGGUUGAGCUAUUCGAUCAUACCCUUUGUCAAUGCAGUGUCGGUGCAGAUCGGUUUGACCAUGUCGCCCUGCUAUCAUUCCUGGCGGAUGCUGUGGCGGGUGUUCGCUAUCUCCAUAGCAGAGAUCCCCCUGUCAUUCAUCGUGACCUGACUUUGCGCAAUGUGUUGAUCAAGGGCCAGAUCGCAAAGCUCUGUGACUUUGGUUGUGCGCGACUGCGACCAACAAGUCCUGCGGAUUUGGUUGGCUUUCUUCCAGAUCUAACGGCAUGCCCAGGGAACGUGCUGUACAUGGCGCCGGAGGCUCUGCAAAACCCUCCGGUGUACGACGAAUCGCUCGACAUAUUUUCGUUUGGUGUGCUGGCCACGAGCGUCGUGACAGGAGUUGAACCGUCGACAGACAUGCACACCUCACCAAGGACAAUCAUCAGACAAGUGGAGCGAGCGGACGGAACGAGUGAGGAGACCGUCACGGCUAUCACCGAAGUCGAGCGGCGCGUCGUUGAUUUGGAAAGAAUACCAGACGGCCAUCCACUCAAGCCUGCAAUCUUUCGCUGCCUGGCAGUCGUUGCGGAAGAUCGUCCCAAGGCUGAGGAGCUGCAUGAGAUAGUGCUGGACACUGUGAAGGUGGCACGUGGUUUGUCUCCGCCUCAUCUUUCCAAUGUACCACCAGCUGUUCUACGUCGACUGGACUCUAUCUCCGAACAACUAACCCAGCAAGCUACAUCCAUCACUGCAAUGUCGGCACGCAGUGAUACGCUAGAGAAACAGCUUACAGCGGCCAUUACCAACAACCAGACCACCACACAACAACAACUUACUGCCACAAGUGAGCAAGUAUCCACGAUUCAAGACGAACAGAGUUCAGCAACGCAACGACAUACUGAACAUCUGGAGGCCAUUGCUGAAAACCAGACCAUGAUGAAAGAACAACUGACUGCUACUCAACACACUAUACACAACGAACAAACCACCACAAACCGCCGAGUACAUACUCUCGCCGACCAGCUGCGUGAUAUGAACGAACAGACUUCCCGACGGAUGACAACGUUGACGGACCAGAUUUCGGCGGUUUCUGGCCAGCUUACAACGAUGUCUGCAUCCAUCCAUCAGCUGCAGAUAAGGCCUACCACUGCACCAAAAAGCCUGUCAAGUUCUGCUUCUCCCACUGCCUCAGUUACAACAGCUGUGGUACCCGUCUCUAGUUCCAUUGCUGCACAAGACAGCCGCUCAAGUUUAGCUCCUGCCACUGAACCUGCCCCUGCCUCUCCUACAGCAACGACACUGCAGGUUAGGCCUUCCACAGCACCAGAAAGCCUGUCCAGUUCUGCUUCUGCCACUGCCUCUGCUGGGGUACCUAUUUCUAUUCCCAUUGCUGCACAGGACAGUCAGUCAAGUUCAGCUUCUGCCACUGGCCCUGCCGUGACUGGCUCUCCAGCAGCAACGAUAGCACAGGCCACAAGAGCUGCAAGCACAGCUGUUUCAUCCGUUGAUAGAGGAUAUCAUGUCUUACCUGCCAUGCCAACACCAAAACAGAUUGCAAACAUCAGGAUACGCAGAAAGUGGAACAAGUCAGAAGUACAGCAGCAUAGCAAACAUGCCAUGCUUGCCACGUACAGUGAAAAGCUGGUUGCUGUGUGGUAUGAUGGUGUGACCAUCACCAAGAUCAUGCAGACAUCAGACUUGCAGACAUGGCACAGUAUUGACCUACCAAGUGAAUACAGUAAACUGGCUGACCCAUCACUGGCAUCUCAUGGUGGUAUGCUCUACAUGUACUGUAACACAUACACCAAGAGCACCAAGACAGGGGUGCGGUCUCUUCUGCAGUACCGUGACACACCAGAUAUCGGUGAUGGCGGCGGCGGUGGUCAAUGGACCACAGUUACGGACGUCUCGCACUGUAACCAUGACUGGUGUACUCUACAUGUAUGUCAUGAUGCUAUUUCUCUAUAUGGUGGCUACGAUGGUGACACAGAUCACAAUCAUGUUAGUACCUAUUCUCUAGCUAGCCAGCAGAGGAGCUCUUCUUCAUCAUCCAAUACUAGCCUAGUAUUACCUUCAUUGCCACUACCAUGCAGCAGUGCAUCACUUGUCCCAUUCCCUGAUUCACUGUACUUAGUUGGUGGUGUUACUGGUUGUUUUCUCAAACACCAUGAUGGUAGGUGGGUUUCCGCCAGUCCACCUGAUGGUGUUGAGCUGGAGUUUAGUGCAGCAUGCGCACUGUCUGACCAUUGCAUGGUUAUUUGCCCAAGCAUUUCUCCUGCUGAGUGUGUUGUAUAUGAUAUUUCAUCUGGUCUGGUCUAUCCAGUACCAGCUACGCCAGAGUACAGUAGUUUCACACCAUCACUCACACUGUUUUGCAGUACCCUGGUACUCAGUGUAAGUGGACUUGACAAUCCUGGUUCUCUGUACACACUGGAUAUGAGUGUGUGAGUGUAGUAGGUUACUAACUACAGUCCAUCACUGAUGAUAACUACAGUAUGCAAACUGUACUGCUUUUCACAUUCUUUCUAUCCUCAGAAAGCUGAUAAUCUUUGUUUUCACAUCUCUCUGGUUGUCAAGUAAUUGUCUAGUUGUACGCUGCCUCAUCCCCUGUAACAUAUACCCAGAUUGGUUAAGUGAAUAUUACUCUUACUUCUAUAGUCACGUCCAAACUUACCCAUUCUUUCCUUGAUGCCUCCACGGCAGGAAUGUGAAUUAUGAACUGAAAACUA